UAUUAUCCCAUUUGAAUAUUUGUAAUUUGGAACUUUCUACUUUAAACAGUUCUCUUCCCUUGUACUUAACACCUUAUCUAUUGUUAACUCCUAAUUGGAUAUUAAAGCCAAUGUUAAAUAAUUUUUAUGAUUUUUUAAAUGUUGAAUCACAUCCUGUAUUAAAAAUGUCUGAUGAUUUCAAAAGCGGACGUAAAACCGAAAUCGAAGAAUUACAAGGUGAAAUAAUUAAAUUGGCGAAUAACAAUAAAUUAAUUAAACCCAAAUAUAAUGAAGGAAUUUACCAAUUGGUUAAAUUGGUGGAAAAAUCAAUGUUUGAUACUCAAGAAGGUUGGAAGAUUGCUUUCACUUAUGAGGAAGUUAUGGCUUAUAUUGAUCAUGGUGAAAUAUCAAAAGUUUUAUUUUAA